AUGGUGCCGGACUACGUGCUCGCGGGCGUCCUCCGCCUCCUCGCACCACGCGGCCUUGCCGCUUCCCGCUGCGUCUGCAAGGCAUGGCGCCGCGUCAUCGACGACCGCAGACUGCUGCGGUCGGACCUCCUCCCGCGCUCGCUUGGUGGCAUCUUCCUCAACUACCUGGACCUAUGGUUCACGCAGUUGCUCUCCCGCCCCACGACGGGCACCGCAAUCUCUGGCCGGCUGGACUACACGGUGCCCGGCGAGCCUGACCUCAUGCCCCCCAUCCACGUCCGAGAUCACUGCAAUGGCCUUCUCUUGCUCCACCACUGCGUGGUCAACCCUGCCACACAGCAGUGGGCGCCCCUGCCACCUGCCCCGGACCUGCCACAACCCCCACCUCCGGGCAUGAUCUCCUUUGCGCGCGAGCACCUCGUGUUUGACCCCACUCUGUCGCCCAACUAUUUUGAAGUGCUCAUAGUGCCCGAUGUCCCUUCCAAGAACAACGACGACUGUGAGGACGAAGCUGAAUGGCCGCCAUCCACAUUGAUCCUACAAUAUCACUGUCAAACAGGGUUCCAUCUUCAGGUUUGGUUCCUAAACGACCCAUGUCUUCAUGGUCAGACAGAGUGGGUGUUGAAGCAUGACAGAGAUAUCUUCUCCAUCCUUCCAAAUCUGAACUACGACAAACAACGUGACGGACCUUGGAUCUUACAAGAAUUUCGCUAUUGGGCAAAUAAAGAUGCUGCUGAUGAUUCUCCCAUUGUGUACAACAGCGAAGCAACAGUGGAACAGAAAUUUGUGUGGGAUUGUGACAAUGAUAAUGUUCUCAAACCUGGUGGUAGGAUCAACGAUUGUUGUAUCAUUUUCCUUGGAUUUCAUCCUUACAAAGAGGUUGUCUUCUUGAGUGAUAAAUUCGACAGAGUGCUUGCCUAUAACUGGAGUAGCUCAAAGCUUCAAGAUUUGGGCAAGGUUUUCUCGAAAUUCUAUACUGACCCAGAAUCCGAUUUCUACCAUCGAUAUGUACAAGAGUCUUUCCCAUACACCCCCUGCUGGUUGGGAGAACUCCCUGAAAAAGUAAAUUUAGAAGCUCACUAG